GUUGUUCGUCCCCCAGAACCUUGAAUCCCAACGAAGCUCGGGAAGUCUGCGGUAACUCCGACGUCGGAGAGCAUCAAGUCAGUUGCCCUUUGCCUUUCAAGAAUUCCUAAUAAAGAAAGCUGAAGAGAUGUCAUAUCAAGAAGGCUUAUCCAAAAUAGCUCUGAGAAGCCCCAGUGAACAGAUUGCACAUGUACUGGUAGAGAGAAGUACAAUCUUGGGGAACUUGGACCUUGUGGACUCCAAGACAGAGUCUCAAAGACUGAGCAGUAACCUGCAGAGAAAUUUUCCCCAGGAGAAAUUUGAAGAAACCCUUCAGCUUCUGCAAGGAGAACAUCAGGAACAUCAAGAACCUGGGCAGCAGUCCAUAAAAAGUCUGAAUGAGACACAUAAUGGAGACCUGGACAAAGAUAAAACAUCACAAACCUGCCCAGGGCAAAAUGUGGAAGAAGUAAUGAAGAGCAUGGGGCUGGCUGAUGAGGAGAUCCGGAGGCUCACAGAUGAACUGCUAGGGAAAGAGAAAGAAGUAAAGAAGUUAGAGUCUGCUCUUGAGAAGACUCAACGAGAAAUUGAGAAACUCAAAGAAAGUCUGAUGAAACUGAAAGAAAGUGAUGCAGCUGACCUACAGAAAGCAAAAGAACACAAUCAGAGAUUGGAUGAAGAAGUUCUGGCUCUAAGAAAUCGUGUUCGGUCACUUGACUCAGAAAAAAAAGUCCUGGAAGAAAUAGUUGAAAGACUUAGAGGUGAGAUGUGUGAAUCUCCAAAGUAUAAGCAACUUAGAAGCCCUGGAAAAACUGUGAGUGGUGAACAGCGAAUGCAGAUAGUGAAAAUGAGCCAAGAAAAUAUUGAAAUAUUUGAGAAUGAUUUGUCAGAAGAGAAUGAGAAGAGAAAGCAGCUGAUAACCAGUUUUAUUUCCAUACAGAAGGCUUUGGAAGUUGAUAGUGAGGAAUUCCAAAAAUUAAAGUCAGAACUGAAAUGCCUUUAUAAGGAAAUCCAGCAUCUUCCCGGGGCAGUAGCUGGCAGAGACAAACUUUUAAUAGCGUAUGACCUGCUACAAAGAGAGAAUUUUGAAUUAGAAACAAAGGUAUUGAAGUUUUCACAAGAAUUGGAACGAUUAAAUCAUUUCACUGUAGGGGGGGAAACUACAACUGUUAAUUUAAUUACAAGUGAAAAUCCCUGUGAAGAUAUGGUGUCUAGUGUACCAAUUUUGGAAAUAGAGAUUCAAAGUCCAAAGGAAGAGAGAAAGGAACACCGUCUUGAAUCAGGAGAAAGUAAGCAGAAGGACAUUGCAGAGGAAUCAGUGAAGGAGGAGGGCAUUUUCCCAAGAGAGGGGCAGAAGGAGGCACAAUCACAGCACAGUACAGACGGGAAAAAUGAAGGACAAGCCAUGGCAAAGCCUGAGGAAGCUGAGAGACUUGGAGGAGAUCUGAGCCUUCAGUCUCAGAGCUGUGGGGACAGUUCAGAUGACAGUGCCAUCCAGUAUCUAUUGUCUGGAGAAAAACUAAAGUGCCAGCAGCAAGAGGAAGUAAAACAACUUCGUCAGAACUUGCACCGGCUUCAAAUUCUUUGCAGCUCAGCUGAAAAAGAGCUUCGAUAUGAGCGAGGAAAGAACUUGGACUUAAAGCAACAUAAUAGCUUACUGCAGGAAGAAAGCAUUAAGAUGAAAAUGGAACUAAAGCAGACCCAGGAGAAAUUACUAGACAGCACAAAGAUGUAUUCUUCACUCACAGCAGAGUGGAAGCAAUGUCAGCAGAAAAUCAAGGAGCUGGAGCUGGACGGACUUAAGCAGGCUCAGAGCAUUAAAUCACAGAGCAAUCUGCAGGAAAAGCUGGCUCAGGAGAAGCUGAAAGUUGCCGAUGCCCAGGAAAGGAUUUUGGAUUUGCAGCAGAAGUUAGAGCAUGCCCAGCAAGCCUAUCUCUCAGACACUUGUAUUUUGAAGAAGAAGGAACUAGAGGAAAAGAUGAAAGAAGCCAUACAAAAUGAAGCCAUGUUGCAGCAGCAAUAUCAGGAAGAACAACAGAGGAGGAUCCUUCUGGAUCAGAAUGUGAAUGAGCUACAAAAACAAGUAAAAACCCUACAGAACAAAGAGAACCAAUUGGAAUUGACCAGUUCUCAGCAACAAGCAACCCUCCUUAAACAACUAGAAGAGACAAAAAGAGAAUAUGAACAAACUAUCAAGAGCAACCUGUUGCUGUCGGAGAGGCUGACUGAGUCACGGCAGGAGAAAGAAGCCCUCUGGGAAGCACUGGGACGAUUUUUUGAGCAGCUUGGUGAGCAUGUAAGAAACAACAAUGAGAAACAAAACCACCACAGAGCCAGGCUUCGAAAGGUGAAGGAUCAUUAUACGCAUGAAGUAGAAAUACGGAAUAAGAAAAUUAAACAACUUGAAGAUGAAACUGGAAAACUGCAGCAAAAGAUUGAAAUGGAAAAGGCAUUCCAGGGCCAGAUCAUGGCCCAGAAUGAUUCUCUGCUUCUAGAAAAAAGGAAGCUCCUGGAACAAGUCACAAAUCAAGAAGAACUGAUCCUCAGCAAUAAAUCCAUAAUCUCUUCAACCCAGAACAAAGCAUUUUUCCUGGAUAAAGAAAAUAAGCAAUUGCAGGAAAAUUGUCUCCGGCUAAUGCAGCAAGUUGGUCUCCUAGAGCGUAUUAUAAGGAACAUCCAGAUUCGUAGGGGAGAGGAAACAACAAUUACUGAUAUCCCUACAUUUGAAGCAUUCAAUAAAAUACUGUCUUUACCAAACUCCAGUUUUGCAGGAGCUGGUUUUAUAGAGUCAGUUGAAAACUUUGAAGUUGAAAAACACAAAUCAGAAGUUGCAAUGGCAAUCCAAAAGUCCCUUGAGUCUCUUUCAUGUUUACAUAAUUCUGAGACCGAAUAUACAAAUGUGGAUUCUCUCAAAGAGACACACUUCAUAGAAGAUGAAGACCAAAAAAUCACUGGUGUCUAAAGCUAUCCUAAGCAAACCUGAUAACUGAAAUAAAUAUUGGAGGUAAAAGUGGAAUAUGACAUUGAGAAGAGAUUCAGUAAAUCCACAGUGGACAUCAACUUAAGAGUCUGAAAUUGCUGAUGAAUUCAUUAAACACUUUCUAAAAGCAUA